UAACCCCCACCUGCAUUCUGUUACAGGUGUAGUACAGUAUACUUGCACCAAGUCACUUUCUUCUGGGAGCCACACUUGGACCUUCUUUCUUGGAAACUUAAUUCACUUUUGCUUUUGCGCCAUGGCCGACAACGCUUCGCCCAAGAGCCCCGCGGUCGCCGGCUACGCGUCCGUGUGGGACGCUCGUCCCCGCCAGUUCAAAUCGGUCCUCUUCCAAGUGUGCGGCUUCAUCCUCCUCAUGGAAGUGUCGGAGCGCCUCUCGUACUAUGGCAUCAACCAAGGCUUGAAAAACUACAUGAAGUCCCACUUGCACUGGACUGGCGUCUCGUCCAACUCGAUCAAGAGUACGUGGACGUCGCUUUGCUACCUCUCGCCGCUCCUCGGUGCGUACCUCGCCGACGAGCGCUGGGGCCGCUUCAAGACGAUCGCGAUCUUUGGCACGUGGUACCUUCUUGGCGACAUCCUCAUGGCCGUCGCCGCGCACCCCAAGGUGCUGGGCUGGAAGGAGACCAACGUCUCUGGUGUGUUUGACAAGGAAGGCGCCGACAUUGACACGGCCCAAGGCCUCUUUGUGUUUGCGCUCUUUGCUUGCAUUGGCAUUGGCACUGGCGCGAUCAAGUCGAACGUCAUUACGCUCGGCGCCGAUCAGUUCAACCCGGACGACCCGAAGGAAGAGGCCCAGAAGAUCACGUUCUUCUCGUACUUUUACUGGUGCGUCAACUUUGGCGCUGCGUUCUCGUACGGCUACCUCGCGACCUUGUGCGUCGAAGGCUCGGCGUCCAUCUCGGAAGACUACGGGUACUUUGCGACGUUCCUCAUCUGCGCGUGCGUGAUGGCGGUCGCCUUGGGUUUCUUCUUCCUCGGGUCGCCGCGCUACAUCAAGCUGCCGCCCAACUCGGACGCCAUGUCCAAGCUCGUCAAGGUGCUCGUGCGUUCGUCGUCCAAGAGCUGGGCGGCCAAGGGCUCGUGCGGUGGCUUUGUCAUCCUCCUCCUCUCGUUUGUGCUCAACUUGAUUGCGGUCUUCCUCACGGACGGGUCGCCGGAGCGCAAGGGUCUCACGUACGUCGCGGGUGCGCUCGCUGUCCUCGGCUGCGUCACGUGGGUGCUCUCGGGCAUCAACUAUGAAAAUGUCAACGCCGCCAAGCUCUCGCUCGGCGGCCCCGUCGACGACCAGUCGAUCGACGAGAUCAAGAUGGUGGUCCGCGUCCUCCCGUUUGCGUCGUUCAUGGUCAUGUGGCAGUGCGUCUACGACCAGAUCGACGCCAACUUUCAGUCGAUUGCGCAGCAGACCGACCUUCGCUUCGGUGACGCGUGGGACGCGACGCAGCUCUCGGGUGCGGUGCUCGGUGUGUUUGACCCGAUCGCGAUCGUGAUUUUGAUCCCGCUUCUCGACGCGGUCAUUUACCCGGCGUACAAAAAGUACUUUGGCAAGGCGGCGUCGCCCUUUGGCAAGGUGCUCGUCGGUCUCGUCAUCUCGACAGCGACCAUGUUUUACGUCGGCGGCUUUGAGGUCAUGCGCAAGAACUCGGGUGUCAUCAUGCUCGGCAACUCGACGUACCCGGACGGCUCGUUCCCGGUCAUCAACAAGGCCGGCGAAGAACCCAUGAACAAGAUUCUUUGGGGCUGGAACAUUCCCCAGUACGUGCUCGUCGCGCUCUGCGAGUGCCUCAUCAACGUGACGGCGUACGACGUCUUUUACUCGGAGGUCCCGAUCUACCUCAAGUCGACGUGCCAAGCCAUCAACCUCUUCAUGGUCUCGAUGGGCUCGAACGUCACGUCCAUCUUUACGCUCCUCUUCCAAGACGACAUCCCCAACAACCUCAACGACGGCAAGCUCGAAAACAUGUUUUUUGCUGUCGGCGCCGUCUCGGCCAUCAACCUCUUCUUCUACGUCAUCGUCAUGCGCAAGAUGCAGUUUGGCAUGGACAGCUCGCGCCACCACGUCCACGACGACGAAGUGAACGAGAAGGACGCGCUCAUCGACCGGUCGUCCAACCUCAUGAACGCGCGCGAGUCGUUCACGCAAAUGCGCGCCUAAGCUAGUCUAGUUGAAGAGAAACAAAUGUAUUGUCGACGUGAAUCUACA